AUGAUGUUUUAUCCGGCCGUGCUCAGCCGUCUGAGCUUCUUCUACCCCGUGGGAAACACCCCCGCUGUCAACUUGACCCAGCAUAUUCCGUCGACCAAGAAGGCAGAUUUGCUCCUUCUAGGCUGUGGCGACGUUCGAAACGUGCUCUUCACGGCCUAUAUGAAUGCGUCGAGAUCUUUGGACAUUACGUGCUGUGAUAUCGAACCUGCUACAUUAGCUCGAAAUAUCCUCCUCCUGUCGCUGUUGGUCGAGGAUGAGACUCAAACGGACCCUGACACGCUCUGGAGCGUUUACUACCACAUCUUCCUGGAGGAAAAAUCCCUCGAGGCCCUCGAUAAACAAGCCUGUCGUCUCUAUGCGGCAUCUGCCUCGUGGGAGAAGUGGCAGGAAAGUAAAUACGCGGCGCUGUUUAAAUUUUGUGACCGCUCCUCCCUCUCGAUGAUUAGGAACGUCUGGGGUUCUUAUCGUGUCUUACAGAUGACUGAACAAGAACGACAGGAGCGUAACCAACGAUUUCUUGCCGAACUACGUCUGGCUAGAGAGCGGAAAAAGCUGUUUGUCGGCAAGGAAGGCCAAGUCAUUACAGGACCCAGAUCUCUUGCCCCUGCAGCGAUGCUAGAGCUGCUUGAUAUCGCGAAGCUCUAUAAGUUCUACUGGGAAAAGGGUACCACUAAUGCAACCGAGGACCACCGACAAUAUUCGCAGGCUGCAUUGCCAAACCCAUUGUUUACAUCCCCGUCGGGAAAGCUGGCUGAUUUGCAUUACGGGACGGAUCCUCUUCUGGGCUUCCAUCUAGCUUUGGGCUACUGCCCGAUCACCAAGGGAUCUCCCUUUUCAACUUCUUCUUCUUCUUCUUCUUCUUCUUCUAAAGACUCGAAUCUCCAUAAGGCUGUCAGGGCUGCCAGGCUGGAGUUCUCUGAAUGGUGCCUGUCGUUCAAGAAUGCCUCCAAAACCUGCAUUCUGCGGUUCUUCGUUGGGGAUGCGCUUGCAUUCUGCCACGCGCUACAAAGCAGAUCCUCAGACGGGCAAUCCUUGAACACGGGUAUAUUCCGCGGUCAAUAUAUUUCGGAGGCCAUAUCCAUGAACGAGGAGGAUUAUUGCGAUACUGGCCCUGGCCCCCGCUGUUUUGAUGUCAUCGACACGUCCAAUCUCGCAGACCACUUCGGAGUGAUCAAUUUCCUGACUGCUGCCGCACCUCUCCUUCAUGGACCCAACUCUGCCCUCUACACAGAGUUUCUUCUGCGUCAAGCUAAACCCACCAAAGCGCUGUCUGAGAGCCUCCUCUGUGGGCCUCUAUCAACAAUGACCCUUUUGCUGGGCCUGUAUCCUGUUGAAUUCUGGUCGAAUGCAACUGCGAUUCCGAGCUCUGAAGAGAGUCUUCUCUCCAUGUCAUUUCAGCAAGCCGGACCCGCCGGCUCACAGAGACAAGAGCAUCACCGAGUCAUGUGGCGAAAUUCGAUGUUUUCACUUUCUUCUGCACCAUUACAUUGGAACGAAGAGGAGCUCGCUCGCACCCUUCACCAUGUCUAUCUCAAAAUGUUUGAAUUCGAAGACUUGGCCCACGUGCUAACGAAAUCAGAUAGACCAGCCGCAUACACAAGCAAGCGUACUCUUUAUCACCGGGGAAGCUUUGCCCUUCUGCUCCGCCAUAUCAAACUAAAUCAAAUGACUGAUUGGGAUAAAGUAAAGGGGAUCCUCCUGAAAAGCCUGAUUGAUAGUUCGAACACUCGCACAGCACUCGAACACCAGUUCGAUCUUUUCACCCAGCUUCAUCUCUCAUAUAGCAGGUCUCUAAUCCCCUGUGAAUCUCGAGUUGUCAUGAAAACAGCAUUGGAUUUCCGCUCCUGGGAUCCAAUACCUGCCCUGGUGGCAGUUACGCUAGAAGUACCUAGAUCCGCCUUGAGGGCUAUUCUGAACAUCCAAGCGGAGACGCUUGGACUGCCUGUUCUGCAGUGUAAGCUGAAGGAAACGCGGGAAUCCCCAGUGGACGGGAUUGUGCAUCUUUUUGGCUCUGUCCAGCUCGCCAUCGGCCACGUCUCCACCUCAGGCGAGCGAAACGAGCCAGAAUUCCAUCUGAACAUCGCCAAUGACGACAAGAGGUUCGCAGGAAAGUGUCCACUCUUCGCUUCCUUUUACGCACCUGCGUCCCUGAUUUAUGAUGGCUUUGAGAGCAUGCAGGUUGCACUCGUUGUCCAGGAGACAUCUGAAAUCGGGCCAAUUUUGCGGGUAACUCUGGGGCCAACUCUGGAGAUAUUCUCUACGGACCUCCAGAGCAAAAGCAGUGUGUAUAUCAGCAAAUAUCUCCCGAAUACAUCGGGAUACCCGUCAAUUUUGCAGGAAGCGUCAAAUUCCGGGCAAGAAGAGAACGAGGGCUUUGGAAGACAGUUUACUAUAAAGCUACAGCCGGAUUCAGAUCGUGUUCAGACCGUGACCGGCAAAGUGAGCUUCAUUUCUGAGAAGCCCCGUUCGAUACUCAAAGCCGGCUGUGCAGUUGAGACGGUCUUCCAGGUGCCAAACAUCGUGGACGUCAAGCUGAAAGGCAGCGAUUCGUAUCGACUCGCGUACCCGGUUCCGAUCGAUGGGAACAAGACCAAAGCUCGGGUUGCUCGAACUUCAGCUUGGAUCGAGAUCAUUGCGCCGCUGGUGGAGCCAGGCAGAUAUCAAGCCGGUUUGAUGUACCCGUUCACUACUUACGGGGACGAUCUUACCUACCUCAACAUGCCUCGAGUAGACCUCGACCAGCUUCCAGAGAUUGAUGUGAGAAAGCCCAGCGAGAUCCAGUGGCUCAAUGUCCACGUAGGUGGCAUGUUUACCUCCAAGGAGCGUCCUAUGAAGAACGGGCUCAUCCCAACCGACACUCUGUGCGAUUUGAAAGAUUCGCUCUUCACCCUCUUUGCGGGAUUUGCAGGCGUGCAGGGGCAGAAAUCGAACCUUUUCGCCAUUAAUAACCCACAAGAUGGAGGGAUUCAUCUCAUCAUUCUCCCGAGAGCAUUGUUGUUCGACACCAGCAAUCGCAGCGUAGUCAUCGACGCGGCCGUCCUGCCUCUGACUCUCGUCCUGAUACCAGAAAUCAAAGAGUUUCUGGCCUGCUUGAUGGAAAGGGGGAUGCUCUGCAGCAAAGCCACCGCAGACGAGCUCAAGCUGUGGAAGACCCUGCUUCCUGCCUGGGUAGAGCGAUGCCGGACCUGGGAACACCGCUCUACCUGUGAGUAUCGAAGGGGCGGCAAAGUACCGGUCUCGCUGGAGAGCGCCCAGCCCGUCCUGUGCUCCUGUGGAUCGCACUCGCUCCCCUUGGACUACGGACUUGAUGACAUCCCAGGCAUGAACAAGGCGAGAAAGUAUCUUGUCCGCGCGGCCAUCUCGCCGGUCUUCUCGUCCCGCUUCUCAGACAGCGACGCCGAUUUCCUCUCCCCGCCACGACAAAGAGUGCUCCCAGCUGACCAAUGUGGCCUGUGUAAGAAAACAAAAUCGGAAACGGGCAAGAACCUGCUGAGGUGUAGUCGGUGCCAGAAGAAAUAUUACUGCUCGGCGCAGUGUCAGAAGGCAGACUGGAUGUUUCACAAACAGGCCUGCGUGGCGGCGAAGUCGAGUACAUGA